ACCGGAACAGCUCCCGUUUCUUCCCCUGUGGGUCGAUCUGCACAGCGAAAGAAGCGAGGAGUUCUCUGCUAACCUCUGGAUCCAAACUCGGCGGAUUUUUUUGGAGAUCAUGCAGAAGCCGUGAAAUGAGCGUGUGAGAUGAUAUCACCUUCGGACGUGAGGAUUACCGUCGAUGCCCCGUUGAUGAAGGCGCGCGGGACGGGCCUCCGGAGGAGCUGCUGCUGCUGCGUUCAUAAACACUUCUUUAGGACUCACAACAAACCCUGAGCUUUGGUGCUCCUCAGAGCCCCAAGGCACCUGUGCACGUGCGGAGUAAGGAUGGCUGGAGGAGGAGGUAAAGCGAACAUGAAGCCCCUCGGCGGGGUUCACAGGCUCCGAGAGGAGCACGAGAAGGUGGUGAAAGACUGUGACUCACGGAUUCAGCAUUGGAUGAAGGUGUCGGGUGAUUACGACGCGCUCAGCGAUCGACUCAAAACCCUCCCAGACCGGCUCUCCUAUGACAUCAUGGUGCCCUUCGGCCCGCUGGCCUUCACGCCCGGCAAGCUGGUGCGCACCAACGAGGUCACCGUGUUGCUGGGCGACAACUGGUUCGCCAAGUGUUCGGCCAAACAAGCCCAAGCGGUGGUGGAUCACAGGAUGAAGCACGUGAAGAAAGAACUGGACGACCUCGCCAAGACCAGGAAGAACUUUGAAGCGCGGGUUGGGCUCGCCAAGGAUCUGGAGACCAUGUCGGCCAAUAAAGGAGAGUUUGUGGACAUCAGAGAGGAGGUCACGAGCUCCACCGCCAGCAAAGGGAAGCAGAGAAUAGCUCACAAACCAAACUCCAAACCAAAGCUGGACGUCGUGGUUGAUCUAAACGAGGAGGAAGAGGAGAAGGAAGGAGGGACAGGAACCAUGACCGAGGAGGAGCUGUGGCGCCGGUUGGAUGAACUUGAAAGACUGGAGGAGCUGCAGGACGAGCAGGACAGAUUGUCCGAUACCGCCGACACGAACGGCGACGACUCAUCCUCGUCUUCCUCAGAGGAGGAGAAGGAGGCCGCCUGCGCGCCUCCCGUCAACGGCCUGAAGCCCGGCUGGAGCCCCGCCCCCCACAGCGACCCUCCACUCCCCAACCGGAAAGCAGAAGAUGACGAGCAGGAGGAGGAAGGCAGCUGUCUCCCCACCAUCUUCUUCUCUCACACAGUUGAACCGAAGAAGGUGAGAAUCAACACGGGAAAGAACACCACGCUGAAGUUCAGCGAGAGGAAGGAGCAGAAGGAGCAUUCAAAGAGGAAGAAGAAGAACGGCCACAGCAACGGGCACGCUCACCACGAGCUCCACAAAAUCACGUCUCCAGCGGACGUUUACAGGCUCUUUGUGGACGUGAGGAACGGCGAGCCCGUCCCCAGAAAGUCCAUCCUGAAGUCUCGCAGUCGAGAGAACAGCGUGUGCAGUGACACCAGCGAGAGCAGCGCCGCCGACUUUGAGGAGCGGCGCGUGACGGGGCGGAGCUUCAGCCACGACGAGGCCACGCACAGCGACACGAGCGACGGCGUCACGGAGGAGGACAGCCCCACCGCCGGGCCUCUGCUGAGCCGCUUCGAGGCCUUUUCCGGGACGGUGAUAGAGAAGGACCCCAUGCCCACAGGAGUCCCCCACCUGACCAUCCUGCCCCCCGCGCUGCCCACCAUCCCAGAGAGGAAGCAGGAGGAGGUGGCGUCGGACGUCACGCCGCCGCCGGUGCCGCCGGAGGCGUCUAAAAGAUUGUCAAAGUUUAAAGCUGCCAGGUUGCAGCAGAAAUGACAUUUGAAGAUGAGAUUAUUCUUUCACCAGUAAACAACUUUUAUAUUUCCUUACUGUAACCACGCCGCUUUCCCAGCAUUCCCCGGGAAGCGUGCAGUAGCCACAUAGAUGCGUCUCUUGUUGCUGCGUUUGUGACGCGUUGAGCCGCCAGGUGAGUCUGGCUGCAGGCUCUGGGCGCCGUGGCCUUCCUCUCUUUGUCAGAACCAGGGGCGGCCAUGUUGCUUUUUUUACCUGUGGACCUGCCUGGUGAAUGUAUGUUUUCCUCUCUGCAGUAAGAAAAUAAGGAAAUAUUGAUGAAAUGUAGCCGGAAAAUAAAGGAUUCAAAGCUC